AUGUUCACUGUAGAAGACGUCCACAGAAUUGCAAAUGAAACAAGAAAAACCACGUUGAAGAUAGUUCAGUCAUCUGAUAAACAACGAACACAGACAACUCAUUCACCAACUGAUCACAUCAGUACUGAACGAAUUGUUAGUAAGACAGAGAAUGUCACUCACCCAAUGUUCACUGUAGAAGACGUCCACAGAAUUGCAAAUGAAACAAGAAAAACCACGUUGAAGAUAGUUCAGUCAUCUGAUAAACAACGACCAAUAUUUAUUCGUUCACCAUUAAAUAAAAUUGAUUCACAAGGAUAUGUUUUUCAACCAAAAAUAGACACCAGUAACGACUUUUCUGUUGAUAAUGAUGUUCAAGACAUAAAAAUUAAAACUAAAGAACAAAAAUAUGAUAUGGUUUUAGAAAUUUUAUUAACACGAACAAAUGCUCAACGCCAACAAAUCGCAUUUCAUUAUAACAAAAUCUUUAAAACUUCAUUAAUGAAUGAAAUGAACAAUGCGAAACCGAAUAAUUUGAAACUAUUACUUCAAGAUCUAUUAACAGAUACAUCAAUUUUAUUUGCUGAAGAAUUGUAUAAGGCAAUAUAUACAUCAAAUUUACAAAUAACAUCUGGUUUAUUGAUGGAUUUCUGGGAAAAUGAAUUUAAUCAAGUGGAAAAUAUUUAUAAAUUAUAUUCGAAUGAAUCAAUUUGGAAGACUAUAGAAAAACGAUUUGGAAAAUCUACACAAGAAUUUAUACAAUGUGUAGUUGAAACAAGAAAAGUUAAAAUUGAACAACAACUAACAGAAGAUGAUGUUUUUAAGCCGGUAGUUAAUAUGAAUGAAGUUAGUAAAACAUUUCAUGUUUUGUUGAAACAAACGAAUUCAGUGGAAGAUAAUCAACAACAGUUAAGUAAUCUUCUCUGUAAACUUAAUCCAUUUCAAAUAGACGAAUUAGAUAUGAUGUACCAACGAGAUUUCAGAAGAGUGUCCUCUGAAUUGAUUCAACGUAGAUCAUCUGGUGAAAUGCAUGAUUUAUUAAUGUCAUUGUAUACUUAUUCUGUAACGAAGCCAAUGUAUUUUGCUACAUUAAUCCAUGAUGCACUUUAUAAAGAACUUAUCGAUAUGCUAACUGCUCAACGUUUACUUAUUUUCCGUUCAGAAAUUGAUUUACAAACAGUAUGUGAUCUAUAUGAAGCAGAAUAUGGAAUCUAUUUGGCAGAUGAUGUAAAACAGAAGUAUUUCAAUAAACAAGAUAAUGCUUUGACAAAUCUUUUAAAGACACAAAAAUCAAUUGUCUUUUAA